GAGGAGAACAGACGACACGUACUGCUUUAUUCUUCUGCUUCAUUUUAGCUUUAACUGAAACACUGAAUCUUGAGCUACACCAGCGGAGGAAAAAAAAAAAAUGGAGAAGAGCACCGCUCGUGAUCGACAUCAGAUGAAAAUUUUUAACUAUUUUCCGCCGACUGACAGCAACAGUGAAGCCAGAAGGGCGUCACAAACUGGUGAAAAUGCACAGAAAAAAACAAAUCUUACAAGAAAGAAAAAAGGAAACAAUGUCCGUGGCCCUUUAAAGGAAAGGAAGAACGGUUUUAGCAAGGAUGAAGUUAAAGAGGGUCCAUCAAAAAGCCAUAUGGAGCAGUGCAACGAGGGGUUUCAAAGCCACAGUUUCAUUUUCCACUACAAAAAUCAGAGUCAUGCAGUGGCGUGUGAUACAUCCAAGACUGUGCUUGAUGCUCUCAAUACAAACCAGACUUUCAGGAAGAGUAAAAAAAAAAACAUGGAGAAAGAAAUAGUCAUCAAGAGAUCCAAAGGAGAAGUUCUUAAAGCUGCUGUGAAGAGCGAUUUCCCCUGCUGUCUUAUUGAAAAAGAUGAGCUCUUAGACAUAACCUUCAUCAAAAGUACCGGAAAUGUUGAUACAAAGAAAACAACAACUGGAAGGCUUUCAUUCUCCAAUGAAUCAGAAAACUUAGUAAUAUUUUACAUUAAAACAAAAGGAGGGGAUAAAGUGAAACGCUUAAUGAAAAACCAUGAGCUGAGGAAUGAAGUUGAGUAUGUCUGUGUGUACGCAACCAAAGAACAGAAACUGAAGGAUGCUCUCCGGCGUGACGGACGCUUCAUCAAUGUCAUAUUCAAGAAACAGUGUGCACUCCGUGAGUUAGGGAGCGAGACAAUCUAUGGAAUGUCAAACACUGUAGAGCAUCUUAAUGGAAAGCAUUUUGAGAUCAUUGUCAUCAGUGAUAAAAACGAGCCAGACAGCCAAGAAGACUUAUUGAGUGAUGUCAGCACUGAAAUGAACGAAGCUUCAGCCGCUGAUUUGAAAGAAAACGUUGAUUCUAACCAGCAACCCGUCAACUCUGAACAAGAAGAAACUCAAAAGAGAAACACAAUGAAAUCCACAAAUUCGUUUAAAAUAAUUCCACACUCGGAAGAGAUUCUCCGAAUUCUGCGUGAUCAGUUUCCAUUUUUACUGGAUAUAUUAUUAAAGCGGCAAGAGAAACCAAGGAAAAAAUCUGAGGUCCAAAGCGACACAAUAGUCUGCAGAGCAGAAUAUGAUAAAAGUGUUGCGAGUUUCUCUGAGGUGUAUAAAAUAAAGCAGCUCAUGAGACUCUCUGACUCGGUGUGUCAGAUUCGAGUGGAGGGAUUCGCCAGAGGAACCGGCUUCCUACUCUUCGGGCAAUAUAUUCUCACUAACGCACAUGUUAUUUGGGAAUUUCUCGAAUCUCCAGACAAGCUUUCUUUAGAAGCUGCAUUUGAUUUUGAACGUCUGGACUCAAAUGUGAAGCUGGUACGGGUCAAGAAACAGAUUGCUGCUUACUGUUACAUAACAGACCCCAACAAUAGGCGUCUUGACUUUGCUCUUCUUGAACUGGAUGCUGUUGAUGAAAUCACAGGUCGUCAUGAGUUGCUCAGUUGUUUUAGUCCUGGCCCCCCUCCUAGCCGCGGUGGGAUCUGCAUUGUGGGACAUCCAGAAGGUGGGAUUAAGAGAAUGGACCCCUGCUUCAUCAUUGGGAAAGAUAAAACACAAGAGGCUGCAGAUAAACACGUAUCUGAGAAUCGGGAUUUCAUUCAUGUGAUCACACAGAGGAGUUUGGAAGAUAGAUGGGACAUUUAUGAGAACCAGAUUAAUUAUAACUCUUGUUUCUUUCAUGGAUCUUCUGGCUCUCCAGUUUUUGAUGAACAAUGCAAACUGAUUGGUGUGCACACUGGUGGAUAUGUGUACCCAGGAGAAAAAGGUAAAACUAGAAGCGUUAUUGAAUUUGGCUAUUCCAUGCAGCCCAUCCUGGAUAUGAUCAGAGCACAGGCUAGGAUAAAAGGUUUGCAUGAGAUCGUCAAUGUCUUAGAAGCCUACAGCGAUAAAAGCUAUGAGUAUGGAACUGCGGAUCAGGAGAAUCAGACCGACUUUGAGAUUGAAGAUGAUGGAAGAUUUUUUCCUUGGGAAAACAUGACAUCAAGCCUUCAAUUCUGAGAGAUUUUUCAUUGUCUUCAUAAUGGGGUUUCUCAUAUCAUAUAAUUCUCAGUGAUUGUGUGUUCAAAGGCUUGGUUACCUUUUUUUUUUUGUUCCUUAUUUUUACCUUACACUUGGUUUCUUUUAUUUUUGACAAGUGUAAAGUCAUGUAUCUGCAGGUGUUUGUGGGUCUGACUCCUAUGAAGAGAGCAGACAGUAAACAUUGUUCAUUUGGCAGAGACUAAAAAUACAGUAAUAAUUUUUUUUUUUUACAAGUUUCCUUACAUUGCUAUUAAUACAGAUGUGUGUAUUCAUAUACUAUCUAUAUUCAU